CUUGCAAAGUACAAUUCGGCAACAGAUAGAGACAAUCCCUGCCCCACAACGGGCUCAUAGUCUUUAAAGGGGAUGGAACGGCAACUCGAUUCAGGAAAAAAAAACUUCAGGAGAGCUGAGAGUUUCCAGAGGAGAGGGAGAGGAAGGUAAGGCGGGCUUGCAUGCUUUAGAGAGGGAGGUUGUCUGUGGGCAUUAGCGGCCGAGGGAUAGGGCGCUGGUCUGGACCCAGUUCCCACCCGCUGGCUCUUUCUCAGGGGCGAUUUUCUAGUGACCCAGAGAGUGGCCCGGGGUGCCAAGAGAGUCCCCGCGGAGAGGGGCGCUUUGGCUGAUAAAGAGCGGCGAAGGGCUGGGAACCUGCUAGCGGGGAGAAGCCAGGGGGAGGGAGACGGGGUCCGAUGGGUCGGCGCUGGCCGGGCUGCUGCACGGCGCCCCCACGCCAACCCCUCUCCGCCCUGCCGGAACGGUUGCCCCUCCCCGUUCUCGCCCAGGACUUUGAAGAUCCUGCGGACCCACCUUGAGUGGGGUCCGAGGGCGGAGCCGGCCCGCUCCCCCUCCCUCCCCGCAGCUCCGCUCCCGCACCAUCUCCGGGACGGGGGCGCCAGCGGGGCCCUCCCUUGACUCUCUCUCGCCCACAGGGGGCGAGCCGGCCCCCUGGCCUGCACCGUCCCGCCUAUAAAGGGCGGGUAGAGUCCCGGCGCCAGCCAGUGGCGGGGGAAAGGCAGCCAGAGGAGAGGGCGACUCCGGAGUCACUCCGCAUCGGGACGGAGCGAGGGUCCGCGGGUCCGCGAGCGGCAUGCUCCUCGGCCGAGGGUAGAGGAGGAAGGGAGGGGGAGAAGAAGAAGAAGGACGAAGAGGAGGAAGAGAAGUAGAAGAAGAAGAGGAGGAGGAGAAGGAAGAAGAGGAGGAGGAGGAGAAGGAAGAGGAGUAGGCAUGGGCGAACCACUGGACGUGUGGGCUACCAACGGCAGCGCCUUCCCGGGCAACGGGAGCCUGGACCCCGGGCCGGUGGGCGGGAACAGCUCGGCUGACCCCCUGAAGCGCAACGAGGCCAUGGCCAAGGUGGAGGUGACGGUUCUGUGCCUCAUCCUCUUCCUGGCGCUGACGGGCAACCUGUGCGUGCUGCUGGCCCUGCACACCACCCGCCACAAGCAUUCGCGCAUGUUCUUCUUCAUGAAGCACCUGAGUAUCGCCGACCUGGUGGUGGCCGUGUUCCAGGUGCUGCCGCAGCUCCUGUGGGACAUCACCUUCAGGUUCUACGGGCCCGACUUCCUCUGCCGCCUGGUCAAGUACUUGCAGGUGGUGGGCAUGUUCGCCUCCACUUACCUGCUGCUGCUCAUGUCCCUGGACCGCUGCCUCGCCAUCUGCCAGCCCCUGCGCUCCCUGCGCCGCCGCGCCGACCGGGCGUCGGUGCUGGGCACCUGGCUGCUCUGCCUGGUGGUGAGCGUGCCCCAGAUCCACAUCUUCUCCCUGCGGGACGUGGGCAACGGCGUCUACGACUGCUGGGCCGUGUUCAUCCAGCCCUGGGGGCCCAAGGCAUACAUCACCUGGAUCACCUUGGCCGUCUACAUCAUCCCCGUGCUGGUGCUCAGCGGCUGCUACGGGCUCAUCAGCUUCAAGAUCUGGCAGAACCUGCGGCUCAAGACGGCGCAGGAGCCCCCGGGCGGGCUGGCCUCCCCCGACGGCGCCGACGCCGGCAGCCGGGCCGUCUUGGCCCGGGUCAGCAGCGUCAAGCUCAUCUCCAAGGCCAAGAUCCGCACGGUCAAGAUGACCUUCAUCAUCGUCCUGGCCUUCAUCGUCUGCUGGACUCCCUUCUUCUUUGUGCAGAUGUGGUCCGUCUGGGACAAGGACGCCCCCAAAGAAGCGUCUCCGUUUAUCAUUGCCAUGCUUCUAGCGAGCCUAAACAGCUGCUGUAAUCCCUGGAUCUACAUGUUGUUUACGGGCCACCUCUUUCACGAUCUCGUGCAACGGUUUCUUUGCUGCUCCACGAACUAUCUCAAGACCAAACAAGCGGGUGACACAAGCGUCAGUAAAAAGAGCAACUCCUCCUCUUUCGUCCUGAGCCGGAAAAGCUCAAGUCAGAAAAGUUUUACUCAGCCAUCCGCAGAGUGAGGAAGUUACCAAGGCUCACUGGACUAUACUUCUGCUCUGGUGUCACUUGGCUUAAUUCUGUAUUUGUAUAAAGUUGAUGGUCCCUAGCAUAGUUUUAUAUCUGUGUGGAAGAGGUGUAUUCCUAGCUACCCCAGGUAAGCCUAGAAAAAGUAGUUGAGAGCUUGCUUAAAAAUGGAGAGCUUGGCUCAGUUUCAGUUAUAGCAGCUGGUGGGAUGGAGGCCUGUGUUUGAAAAAUGUGCUUUGAAAAAUCAUUCCCAACACAACCUUUUUUUUUUCCCUUUUAUAACUUACUACUUGACACUCGUGGUGAUGUUUUUCUAAGCAGUUUUAGUGUAGGAAGUAUUGUUUGAGUUCAAUAGGAGAAACUCUGUACAGAAAGAUGAAGGAAAUAUCAUAAAAGCAUGCUUUAUUCAUCAGUUAUCAAUAUUGUAUGUAAAUUUGUUGGUAAAUUCGAUACAUUUAUGGACUUUAUGCAGUUCUGUUACUCUCACAGAUUUACUGGUGGUUCAGAGUUUAAACAAGCGAGUAGUGUGGUUUAUGGAUAGAGAUGAAGCACUCCCCUUAUCAGUGUACAGCUCUCUGUACACUGUCCAGGAGGUUCAUUUGCUGGGUGUGACCGACUGUCCUGACCAAAAAUUACAAUCCAGGAUUGUGCCCUAGACUGAAGAGCUUCCCUGGUGAAGAUUUGGGAGGGACAAGGAAAUGGUGAAUAAUGUAAAUUCACAGCAUGAGGAUCAUAAACUACACUAGGGCAAUUCUCCUCAUCAGUGGUAUUUGUUGAGGACUUAUAAUACUGUACUAAUAAUGAGGGCUGGAAACUCAGAAUGUAUUAGCAAGAGUGAAUCAGAAAUCUCCUCUGUGGAGAUUUUGAAAAGUGGGGCAAACAGUCCUGGCUUGAGGAAGGGGGGCAUACUAUCCACUGGAUUGUAUGUUCCUUGAGGGCAGAGAUCGAGUCUACUGAUUCAGUUGUAAUCUCCCAAGUGCUUAGUACAAUGUCUGCCUCAGCAGGGGCUCAAUAAAUACUAUUGAAUGAUUGAAGGGGGCUAGACCAAGGAAGAUAGACCAUGACACCUUGGGGUUCCUUCCAAAGAUGUGAUUCUCUGAGUUGGAGCAGAACAUGUCCUUUGUUUUCCUCUUUCAUUCCAUUUUCUUCCCUAUGAUGUGUUUUUUAAUUAUUUUGGGGUUUCACAUUAAAUGACCCAUGAGAUCAUUUGUGAUUCCCCCAAAAUACUUCAGUCUCUGUUUUUCUGUUCAGCAAGUGUCAGUAAUUAUUUUGCUCCGACAACUGUUGUGCUUGUGGUUUGUAUCCUGGAAAGUGUGUAAAUAUACAGCAAAAUAAAACAUAUACUUUUGUUUGGAAA